CUAAAUCCGCAAACAAGCAAUACAAAAUGGCAGCCUCCAUGUUCACACGAUUUUCGUGCAAGUGCCCUAAAAUUUUGCAAAUAAUAGCAAGUAGAACUUCAUUACCUGUCCAAAACCAUGUGCGUCACCAUGCCCGAUGGUUGAGACCGUUCCUCAAUGCUUUGAAUGGGCAGCUGAGUUACCUCAAGAGGAAGCAUGGUGAAGAACCAGCCAAGCCCAGAUCACAUCAGGAUAAUUGGGACUAUAACAGUGAGAUCUAUGCUUUCUGUCAACGCUUUGGGGAAGAGUUCAACAGCGAAACCGUCAGAACGGCAUUCACACAUAAAAGCUAUGUAGAGAAGGAAGAGAAGAGUAGAAGAGAAAUGGGACUGUUAGAUCAAGAUGCAAAGCUUCAGCUUGAUGACAACACUCAACUUGUAAAUGCAGGAUAUCAGUUUUCAUCAGAUUAUAUAGCAGGAUACCUCAGGCAUGCCCUCCCUAAAGUACCUGAAGAGGGUUACAGGGCGAUCAAUCAGUAUCUAAUGAACGGAAAAGUGCUGUCGUAUGUUGCCUCUAACCUCGGCUUACGUGAUCUUGUAUUAUGUGCUGAUUUUCCGAUUCCGUCAGAAGUGAUGGAAUCUACCCUCAUGGCAAUCGUCGGUGGCUUGCUUGAAGAUCAGGGCAUGGACAGGGCUGGUCUGUUUGUUCGUGAUUUCAUCAUUCCUCAACUGAUGGACAAGGACCUAUGUGAUGUCUGGCUCAUAGACAACCCCAUGAGCCUCCUAGUCCAGGUCUUAGCCGAUCAACAGAGGGAGGAACCAGAAGCAAGAUUGUUACGUGAAGCUGGAAAGAACACAUUCACACCUCUCUUUAUGGUUGGAAUCUACAGUGAUAAGAAACUCCUUGGUUGGGCACCUGGUGAAUCCGUCACGAUAGCUGAAGAUGAAGCUGCUCGCGUUGCCCUCAGGAACCUGCUUGGCAUCCCAGAGAAUAGACCACCCCUCCCUGUUGAUAACAGUAUCAGGCACAGGAUGCUGCAUCAGAGUGUGGUCAAGGAGUUGGAGAAAGGGGAGCAACAUCAGGGUCAGAUUGCAGCCAGUUGAUACCAGAAGGAAUGCCUCAAUGAACUCUUUUUACUGUAUGGUCAAUGUGAGCCCACCUUCAUGGGUCGGUGUGUCUCUAUAAUCCAGUAUCCAAUUGGUCCCAAGUUCGAUUUCUGAUUCAUCCAAUGUCCUAAUUGGGCCUAGAUCGUCUUGGUCCAAUAUCUUCAUCCAUUUGAUCCUAGGUUCAGUUUGUCUUAUUUGUCCUUCAUUCAAUUGGUCCUAGAUCAUUUACGUCCUGAUUGAACCUAUUGGUCAUAUGUUCUAUUGGUUCUAGGUACAUUUCAACCCACAUCCUAUUGGUCAAACAUUACCUCCUACUGGUCAAAUAUCUGAUUUUUCCGACAUAUGAUUUGUUCUACCUUUGAUAAAUCCUCCAUCUGGUCGGUCCAAUGUCCCAUUGGUCAAUCAUCCUAAUGCC